UCUAUUUUACUUUGGGAAUAAUUUGACUGUUCUCUGCACAAACACACACAGAUUUUGUACAUCAGGCUUGUCUGCAAACACACAAGCAGACUGGUGUUUUCAGGCAAGUGUGUGUCAGAUUGUACCAUAAUGCUGCUGAAUGUAUAAAAAAGGAGUGAACCUCACCCCCCCCCGCACACAGACACUGGGGAGUGCAAAAAUGCAGGCAACCACAGAAACUCCCCAUGGAGAAGGAACUUGAGAACCUUCAUCCCCCCCCCAGACAAUCUGACACCAAACACCCAAAGACAAAUGUCUGCCAUUGAAGAGCUAGAGGACGCUGAAAUGUCUCUGCCCCAGAGACUGGGCUCCCAGAUUCCAGCAGAAGACCCCCCAGAUGACCAUUGCCCAAUGGUCCUGAGCUACCCCCAGGGUCCUACCCCGCUGCCCUACCAGCCCCCCCAAUGUCCAACAACAGAACCUGAAAUGUCCCUGCCCACCCAUCCAGGACAAAAUCUUGCCCCCCUUCAAGUGACGAAGGGACGGGAACUUUUGAUAUUCAUCUGUCUGUCAUCAGUCUGUGUGAGCAGAAAAAUCAUUUGGAUUUUUGAGAAUUCAGGUUAAGAGGUCAGAUUUCUUCUUUAGAAUAAUGAAAAAAACACUUUAUCUUAAAAAAUUGUCUUCAGGUUCAACUCCCCAAGGGCAAAAGUACAGCUCUUUUUCAGAUUUGCCGCUGUGAUCGAUCCAGUUCACAAAGACUAAAUCACAUCAAAAGUGUUGUAAAGGUCGUCUAAAAAUGAGGAACCUGUAGUUUUACGUUAAAUCAUCUUCAUAAAUCUGUGAUAUUGUGGGUGUGUGGGCGGUUUACAGUUCUCUGAAUCGCGGCCCGUUCUUGGAACCUGGUGACACCUGAGGUUUGCAGGCUGCAGCUUGUUAAAGCAGCAAACCUCAACACACAGCAAGUCAAACAUCUCAGUUAUGAACACCUCAGAAGUAAGUCGAUCUUUGCUCCUACAGAGCGAGAAACUUCCUCUGAACCUUUCUGGACAGACUGCGGAGACAGACAGGAACUUCUCCGGUUUUUUUUCGGAACAGUGAAGGAAUCACAGCCAGUCAUUCGAUUUAACUGAUUUAAAAAUGCAGUUUUGACUUUGGGUCUGUCAAUGAAUCCAAGAACAACAGAACAAUACGGAUAAAAGACCAGAAGCACGACGAGAGCUUUACCUUCUGCAGUGAACCUUGUAAAUCUGGCAUCUGCUGGUGUUUCCACUUCCAACAUGAAUGCUUCCGGCUUGAACCUCACAGAAAACAACAGCCGCAGUGAUUUCUGUCGCUUCAAUGAGGACUUUAAGUUCAUUCUUCUUCCAGUCAGCUACACCCUGGUCUUUGUGGUCGGACUGGCCUUGAAUUUCACGGCGCUGUUUGUGAUGGUGUUCCGCACAAAGCACUGGAAGCCCUCCACCAUCUACAUGUUCAACCUGACCAUGUGUGACACGCUCUACAUCUUCACGCUGCCCUUCCUCAUCUUCUACUACGCCGAUGAGAACGACUGGCCCUUCACCGAACCGCUGUGCAAGAUGAUCCGCUUCCUGUUCUACUCCAACCUCUAUGGGUCCAUUCUGUUCAUGUGCUGCAUCAGUCUGCACCGGUUUGUGGGGAUCUGCUUCCCCGUGCGCUCUCUCAGCUGGGUCAGCACUCGUCGGGCCAGGCUGGUAUCGGUGGCAGUGUGGGCCAGCGUCCUGUUCUGCCAGGGUCCAGUUCUCUACUUUUCUAGAACGAGAAGUACCACCACCAAGCAGAUCAUCUGCUAUGACACCACCAGCCCAGAGCUCUUUGAUGACUUCCUCCUGUACAGCUCUGUGGUGUCUGUGCUCAUGUUCGCGCUGCCCUUCAUGGUGUUGAUGGUGUGCUACGGCCUCAUGGUGCGGAAGCUCCUGGAGCCUGGCUGGGGGCCUGGAGGGGAGGUACUGACAGCCCAACGGACAAAGCAGAAAUCAGUGAAGAUGAUCAUCAUCGUGCUGGCAGCGUUCAUGCUCUGCUUCCUCCCAUUCCACCUCACACGCAGUCUGUACUACUCUCUGAGAUACCUGAGAAAGGUGGAUCCAACACAGGUCAGCUGUAGUUUGUUGGAGUCCUCCAGCGUGGCUUACAAGGUGACCAGGCCUUUGGCCAGUGCCAACAGCUGCGUGGACCCCAUCCUUUAUUUCCUGGCGGGUCAAGGCACCCGCAGCAGUUUCAUCAGGAAGAGCAGACCAUCUUCACCCAAACCAACUGUGAGUCCAGAUGUCACAACGCGAAUCUGAGUCAAAAGCUCCAAAUGUGACUCAAGAAGAAAAAGUUUCACUCUGGCUGUUUGUUUGGAGCAACAGAAAGCUGAAAUAUAGCAUGAACUCAGAGAAAGUCUUUAUGUUUAGAGUAAAAAUAGUAUUUAUUAUUUAGGGUUUUUAUUGAAAUGAACUUUAGAGGUGAAGAUGUUGGGAAAGCCUUAAUUCCAGGUAUGAACAAUACAUCGCUAACCUUUAUGUCUGCUGUCAUUUCAUUCAUUUGACAGCAAUAAAACUGUUCUUUCUUUUACCAUCAGUAAACAUUCAGUUCUAGUUUUGAGAGAGCUGGACUCCUAGUACCUUACAAAAUCACUUUUUCAUCACAGACGUGUCUAAUGAUUUUAUCUUUAAAUUUAAACAACUCUAAACCAUAGGUUUUGACCAGAAGCAAUCUGUUCCCAAAUACUUUACACAGUUUGUUUUGUUAAAAGUAUACUGCAGUAUUUUUAAAGCAAAAAUACUCUUAUAUACUAAACUAGAAAAGGUUGUUUUUUUUGUUCAUAGAAAGUUCUUUCCAGCUUACAGAGCACUUCAUGACAACCUCAGGACCGUUUUGAAAGUCUGCAUUCAUGCCUACUUUAUGUCCCAGCAUCUAAAAAAUGAACAAAUGUUACCUUAUGACAUUGUUACUCAUUUUUAUAUUGCUCCUUUGCAGCAUUUCUUUCAUGUCCAUUCACAACAUUUUUUAGCGGUUCAUCUGUCAAAGUAAAAGAAAAAUGUUUAAGUGUUGAAGUGAAAUCUCAGCUGUUUGGUGUUAUAUAGAAGAUGACCAGUAGGGGGCGAAAACGCUCAACUUUACCAGCAAAAAUGGCUCCAAAACAGCUUUGGACCAGUUUUUUAGUUUUUGUUUCUUUCUUUCAUACAACAUGAAACAGCAUAUUUGUUACAGACAAGAGCAGCACACACAGAAAUAUUUUAAAUAUUCCUCUUUUUUAUUUCAAUAAUAUAAACUUCAAACAAAAAGCAUGAUAUUAACAACUUUUACAAAUGCAUUAAAAUAAGGUUUGCUUAACAAAAACACAUCUGGCAAACAAUAAAUGGUAAAUAUGCUGUCUAAUCUAUGACUAGAUUAAAUGAAAAGAUGUAACUUGAUGCCGUAAAUAUCCUGCCCGCUGUUUCUUUGACAGGAUGAUCAGAAAUAAGUUUAGAAAAAGUAUAAAUAAUGUAAAAGCUUUAUAUCUUGAUGGAUGUGAAUACAUGUGCACCCAACUUUAGCACUUUCUAAUAUUUAUAAAGACUGUACAUCUUCUGUUAGUGAAUUUGUUCAGCGUGUCGUUAAAGUGAAACGUCAGGUGGUUUAGUGAAUGUAUUUGAGUUGUCAUAAAUGCUCCGCCCCCAUGCUGCAGGGCGCCGUCCAUUUUGUCCAUUAAAAAAUCCUGAAAUAAA